AUGAUACCACUACGACCAUUACUAUCGUUGUUAUCCCUCGCCAGCACGGCACUGGCUAUCGGUCAGAAUGCAACAAUUGCUUUCAAUGCGUCGGCCGGCUCACAUGAGUUGGCUUCGGGAGGCUCUUCCAUUCAGAUCAUGGCAGACUCCAACGACUGGCCUGCUGUACUAAAAGCUGCUCACGACUUGUCACAAGACUUUGGCAGAGUCACCGGCACCAAUGGAUCCGUGGUUCUCUCCAAUACCUCCGACACCUCUGACGUACCUGCUUACAAUGCCGGCUCGUACUUUAGCAGCAACCCACACAAUGCCUCUAUGAUCUUCAACAUUACUGGCCUGACCACGUUCAGCACCACUUCUUCCGGAGCAAAAGGAGGAGUUAUCAUUGCAGGAACGAUUGGAAACUCUUCAUUCAUCGACGCGUUGAUUAAGGGCGGCAAGAUUGACAUCUCUGCCAUCAACGGUACUUGGGAGGCAUUCACUUCCACUGUCGUUUCAAACCCAAUGGAUGGCGUGGACGAGGCUUUGGUCAUUGCUGGCAGCGACAGACGAGGAACUGUAUACGGUCUGUACGACGUGUCCGAGCAGAUUGGUGUUUCGCCAUGGUAUUUCUGGGCCGACUCUCCUCCUCAAAAGCAUGAUUGCAUCUAUGCUAUGAACACCACCAAAGUCCAGCCUUCUCCAUCCAUCAAGUACAGAGGCUUCUUCCUCAAUGAUGAGGCACCUGCUUUGACUGGAUAUGUCAACGAAAAAUUCGGAUUCAACAAGUACGGCUCGAAUUACGGUUCCGAGUUCUAUCACAGCGUCUUCGAGCUGUUGCUUCGCUUGAGAGCAAACUAUUUGUGGCCCGCUCAAUGGAACUCGAUGUUCAACGUCGAUGACCCAAGAAGUCAGGCCAUGGCAGAUGCUUACGGUAUUGUUAUGGGAACCUCGCAUACCGAACCAAUGAUGAGAUCCACCAAGGAGUGGAAUGUANCCAACAAUCAAUCGAUCUACCCUUUCUUCGUCGAGGGCGCUGAGAGGUUGCGUCCCUACGAGGGUGUUAUCACCAUGGGCAUGCGUGGUUCAGGUGAUACUGCCCUCGGAGCCGGCAUCGAGACUGCACUCCUGGAAAAUGUUGUCUCUACUCAGCGCGACAUACUUGCUCAAGUCUUUGGCAACGCUAGUGUUAUGAACCCCGAUGCUGUACCGCAGCUAUGGUGCUUGUACAAAGAAGUGCAAGGUUACUACGAAGCUGGCAUGACCGUUCCUGAAGAUAUCACUCUAUUGUGGACCGACGAUAAUUGGGGAAAUAUCCGAAGACUGCCAGUCGGUAACGAGACAUCGAGAAGUGGUGGUGCCGGAGUCUACUACCACUUUGAUUAUGUUGGUNGGAUCAACACGGUUCUCAAUCAGAAGACUUGGGAACAGAUGCAUCUCGCCUACGAAAGAGAAGCCAGACAAAUCUGGGUUGUCAACGUUGGAGACCUCAAGCCUCUUGAGCUGCCCAUUUCGCAUUUCUUCGAUCUCGCGUACGACAUUAACCGCUGGGACAAAGACAGCACUCCUGAAUGGCUCGAACUCUGGGCCUCUCGUGAAUUUGGUCCUGAGGUCGCAGCGCAGACAGGAGCUCUUAUGAACACAUACUCAAUCCUUGCUGGUCGCAGAAAGUUCGAAGAAGUGGACCCGAACACUUACAGUUUGAUCAACUACGAUGAGGCUAACAAAGUUCUGGCCGAAUGGACCGCAAUCCAAAAGACAGCUCAAAGCAUCCUCGACGGACUGCCUGUGGCUACACAGCCCGCUUUCUUUGAGAUGGUCUACCACCCUGUCACCGCUGCUCGUACUUACUACGAUAUCAUGAUCUCGGCUGCCAAGAACAAUGUCUAUGCUCAACAGGGACGUACUUCCACGAACGCUAUCGCACAACAUGUGCAGAACCAGUUUUCGUAUGAUCACCAGCUCUCAAAGUCUUACAACGGACUGCUCAAUGGGAAGUGGAACCACAUGAUGGACCAGACACACAUUGGCUACACCUACUGGCAGCAACCUAUGAGACAAGCUUUGCCUCCUCUGCAAUAUGUUCAAAUGGCCGAACGAGCCUUGAUUGGCGAUCUGGGUGUUGCUGUUGAGGGUUCUAAUGCCACCGUUCCCGGUGACGAUAGAUUUCACUCACUUUCAUCCAUGGUACUGUACCUCCCGACACUUGAUCCUUACGGGCCCGCUCGAUGGAUUGACGUCUUCCAUACCGGUACUCAGCAAAUCACCUGGAAUGUUCAGUCUAACGUGCCCUACCUAAACUUCACACAAAAGACCGGCACUUUGUCUCCCAACGGUACCACAGAUACUCGCAUCUGGGUUUCGGUCGAUUGGUCUAAGGUCACUCCUGGCGCAAUCAACUCGACUAAGAUUAACAUCACAAGCUCCUCUGAUUACGGCACCCAGUACAGCGUUCCACAGGUUGUGAUCUCCUAUAACAACACUGCUGUUCCCUCAAAUUUCACCAACGGCCACGUCGAGUCUGACCGCACUGUUUCUAUCGAAGCGGAGCACUACUCAUCUAUCUCGAACGGUGGCAAUUCUUCGGUCUCGUACGAGGUCAUUCCUGGCCUAUCGCGCACACUCUCAGGUGUCACUAUAUUCCCUGUCACUGCAGGCUCUCUCACCACGUCAACUGCCCCUGCCCUUGAGUAUGAUUUCUAUACCUUCACCAACCUGAGCUCUGGAGUCUUGAUGGACCAGAACAUGGGCACAAGUUCAAAGUACACUCCCAAUACCGUCAACGUCACACUCUACCUCGGUACUUCUCUCAACACUAAUCCCAACCGCCCUCUCCGUUUCGCUGUACAGCUCGAUGGCCAAGAGCCGCAAACCCGCCAGUAUGUUUUCGAUCAGCCACAGGGUGCUAACCCAACCGGCUGGUUGGCUGCCGUUGCAGAUGUCAACUGGUCCAACACAACCACGUUCAACUACUCAGGCCCUGGAGCGCACAAGCUGAAGAUCUGGGAGCUCGAGCCUAGUGUUGUGCUGCAAAAGGUUGUUGUUGAUCUUGGUGGUGUUAGAAAGAGUUAUUUGGGACCUCCUGAGAGUUACAGAGUUUGA